CGCCUGCUUCCGCCCCAGCCUGCGGCGCUGGCCUCAGCAGGCAGGUAUGCAGGCGUGAGGAGCCCCCACAUCUCAGGUGGGACCCCAAGUCAACAUGAGCGGGGACACAGAGCUGCUGUGGCUGGCGGCAGUGCUGCUGCUGCUUCUGGGGGCCACCACUGGGCUGUGUGCACGCUGCUUCCACCCAGGGGUGAAGAGGGCAGAGAAAAUCUACCAGCAGAGAAACGUACAGGGACAUGGUGAAAGCUUCGAGGUGGCCCAGACCUUUACCUUGGUCCAGCAGGUGUGUCCAGGGCCCCUGAAAGAAGCGGCAGUCCCCAGGGAGAACGAGCUGCAGCUCUCCUGCUAUGAGGGAAGCCAACGGGAGCCUGAUGCCACCUACAUAGAAUUCAUGGCGGCGGAUGAUUACAACUGGGGGCGCUUGCAGAAGUCCUGGGGAGUUGGCAGCAGCGAUGGCAACUCCUCUGAUGGCAACUCCUAUGAGAAUGUGCUCAUCUUCCAGCCCAGAAGCCCUGGUCCAGGAGAGCUCUCCAUAGGAACACAGGCCGGGGAGGGACCAGGUGGCCGUCCAUCCCCACUGUGUCCCACAGAUGGAGAGGAGAGUGACUACCAGAACUCCACAUCCAUCUACCAGUGGCAUGAGUCGGCAAGGACCUUGGGGCAAGUGUGGGGUGCUGUGUGCAGGAUCCCAGCAGGAAGCCCGGACAAUGAUGAGCCAGAUUAUGUGAAUGCCUAGGGGAACGGAGAGAAGGAGCUGGAGGAUCCAGGAACUCCAGGGCCUCCAGGCCCUGCCAGACUCCUCUGGACGGGCACCAGCAUACCUGAGCUCACCUCGCACAGGGAGACGAACAGCCUGACGCCGCCACCUCCUGCUGCUGCCCUGGGCCCCUGGGACUGGAGCCUGCUGGCUCAUGGCUCUCCCUGUGGUGGAUGCCUAGGUCAGGCUGCAUGCCACUCCCCAGGUCUAAAACACUGACAGUGUUGGCACUUGUCUGAUCUAGGAACACGAUUCUCCCAUCUGUCUCCCAGUAGCUGGAAUUACAGGGAUACACCACCACAGCCACCCACCCUGUCUGCUUUUGUGCUUUAAAUCUCAAAUUGUUUCACUGAUGUUGGCCGCUGGAAACCAGCUUGUACAGCUAA